ACUCGCGUACGGACACGCGCAGCAUGUUUCACGGGGGCGUGCCAGUCCGAUUACGCAACGUCUUGUGGCUUCACGGAACAACAACUUGAUUAAUUUUAUGUAUACGUUUUUGUCUGUACAGCCGUUGUUAAAGGAGAGCCUUUGAAUUCAGUUUUAACGACCACUGAACGGCAUGUCCUGAUUUCCGAUGGACAAGUAAACAAGCGGUGUCUAUGAAAAACACAAGGUCGAAGAGAGCAGCACAAAAGCGCUGAAAGGGAGCCAUCAAGUGUAGACUUCUUAGGGAUGUUCGCAAUUAUGUCCUUCCAGAGAGUUCGGCGUUUGAGGGGUUUGAAGUUCCUUUGGGUGGAAGGUUCUUGGAUUCAAAGGAAAGUUCCUCCAUUGACACCGCUCUGCAAUAAGGCAAAUAAUGUCAAGAAGCCUGUCAGAUAUACAAGUAUAAAAAGCGAAACCAAAAACUAUAAUCGAUAUUGCCAGAAUACUGCAGCAAAAGACAAAGGAGACCAAAGAGAGGAAACAAUCGGUGAUCCCUGCUGCUGCAUUGAAAGCUGCUACAAGUACAACCAAACCGGCUACACCAAAUCAAUUGAAUGACCAGAGUGAUGCCAAAGCAACCAUUGUUUCCAAUGCAAAAGUUCAAACUUCUUCCAGCACCCUUCCAGCAAUUGUUACUGUGGAAUGUUCUUCAGAAUCUGCUGUUCCUGUGGACACUAAACCUGUUCAGUACAUUGUAGAUAUAGUAGCAGUUACAGGUUCUUCUCUGAAUGUGGCCUCCAAAUUGCCUGUAGCAGCGAGCAGAACUUUCUGUGAAACCACACCUGACACUGUCCUAAUAGAUUCUGAUGUGGAUUUUGCAUAUUCAAAAUGUGCUGACCAAAUGGCCAUGGAAGGUCUGCAUAAUAAGACAUACAUUAAAAUAUCACAUGCAAAAGAUGUAGCACCCAACGCUGUUGAUUCAGGUGUAGAGUUGCCCACUAGUAAUGCUCCACAAGAGGCUUCAACUCAAGAAGAUACGACUACAAAUAUCAGUCGAGUUCCUGAGCUGUCUUCAGCAAACACCAAAGAAGUCAGUCAAUCUUCUGAGGAUGUUGUUUUUGCCUCUAAAAAACUUACACCAGAAGUAGAUGAAAUAGUUAAUAUGUCUGAAGUUAUGGUGACCUCCAAAGUUAUAGCAACUCCUGAAGUUUCAUCUGCGCAUGAGGACGGUCAUCUGGAAGAGUCAUUUUCUGAUUCAGAAGUUGUUGCAGUGACCAAUGCAUCAACGUUUGUAAACAUAGCACAUGCGCAGUACUCUUCACAACCUUCUCAAUCUCAAGACUUUAUAGCUCCCAACUGGCCUUCAAAUGUCAAUGCAGACAAAACACCCUCUAGCCAAGAGAUCAUCAAUCAAGCAGUCGGCUCAUUUCCAGUUGCCGCAGCUGAGUCCAUAAUAGAUAUUUCAAGUGCUGAAGCUGUGGCAGUUGCCUGUGGUAAAGUUCCAACCCUUCGAGAAGUUUGUCAUGAAGAAGCCGUUCCAGUGUCUGACCCAAUCCCAGAAGUCUCUUUAUUUAAAUCCACUGAGGAUCUAACUGUUGUUGAGACCAUAUCUGCGUCUCUAAGUAAAGCCGUAAAGGUAGAUGAUAUGUCAGUAAUGUCUGGUGAUGCUCAAAGCUCCAUCAAUCUGAAGGACCCAAUUCUAGCACAAACUGACAUUUUAGAGGAAGAGAUGCAGAAAGAGGAAGCAUUUGAAGAGUUGCCUGAGGCACAGCUUGAUCCAAUACAGAGACUCUUUCUCGACAAGAUACGGGAAUACUCCACAAAGAGCCAAGCCUCUGGUGGCCUUGUAGAUGCUGGGCCAGAAUAUGAGAAAGCUUUCAAUGAAGAACUAACCAAACUCCAGAGACUCUAUGGGGGUGGAGACUUAAGUGAGUUCCCAGAAUUUAAGUUCUCCGAGCCUGUACUGGAUGAAAGCGGCUCAAAAUGAAAAGCACACCACGGCAUUACCAUAGAAAUAUGUCAUUCAUGAUAGCCUAUAUUUUAAAAUGCAAUUUUAUUUGAAUUACAUCAGUUAACUUAUCUGCAGUUACAGAACUGUACACAGACACAAAAAAAUAAAGUUGUUUGAACUUUGA